CGUUCAUAGCUUGCGUCGUCCGGGCGCAUGUUUGAUUUUCCCGUUCCUAUAGUGUGUGACGUGCAUUCGGCUCUACAUUCCAAGUUUUGUAAUGAUUUUUUAAAUUAAAUUCGAGUGGUUUUUGUGAGCAAGAAGUUGUAUUGUGAUUUUGUAUUAACUGACUACCUCUCCGUACCAAAGACAUGCAUCGGCUGUCGUCGAACAACCCGGUGCGCCGGCGCCUCUUCGCCGACGAAUCGACAGAUGAGGCGCGGGUUGACAAUUUUGCCAAUGAGUUGCAAGAAGCCUUUGACACGGAACGCAUCGAGAAGAUGAAGAAGUGGAACUUUGAUUUUAAAAAUGAGGUACCCCUAGAAGGCACCUAUCAAUGGUGCCGCAGCGACGGACCAAACGACUGGAUAGGUAUAGAAACAACUACAACAAUAGCUGACGAUGAUGACAUGAAAGAAGAAGAUUCCUUCAUAAAAAUGCAAGCUGAAAACGAAGUUACUCCAAAGGGAAACAAGGACGAAGAAAUGCCCCUGCUGAGGAAGAGGAAACAGGAUGUUAAUCAAGCGGGUGAUAAAGGUGUUAGACGUAGAAUCAGCUUUGAUUCUGAGUAAGUGCAAUAUGGAAGCUUUUUGGACUGAACGGACAACAAUCAUUAUCGUUUGGAAAAUACGCUGAAAGCCGAGAACUCCACUUUCUUUGGUUAUAAAUACCGAAUCUUGAGUUUACUGGAGUCUAAUGGCACUUCUUUAUUCUAUCCAAAUUUCCUUGAGGUUGUCUACUCCUUGUUCCUGGUUACCUGCGUUCAAAGGUGCUUCACGAGAGGUCUUUUUUUUGUUAAUCCGGAGGAAUCUGCUUACAGAUACCCCGGCCCCGCGGGGGCAGAGCCGGGGUUAUGUGGGACUGGGCUGAACCCUGAAAGGGAGCAGCCCGACCGCACUAAACCCCCGGAGUGUUCCUCCUCUCCGCUGUAGGUGAAGGUAUGGGUAUGCUAUUGUACUCGUCCGCGCCCCCACUAGCGGCAGGCCGCAACUCCUCAUCUAGAACGAGAGGACUACCCGAACGAAUACAUUUUAUCUCGUAAUAGCGAUAACUUUGAUAAGAUAAUAAGAACUUGGAUUAAGCUUAUUUUCGUUGAAGAAAAUCUCACAGUAAUCUCACUUGUCUACUCCUAAUAAUAUAAUUGAAAAUUUUAAUUUAAUUAAAAGCGCCACAGUUGAGCUUCUCUCUCUACUGUGCCAAAUUUGAGUCACAUCUGAACCAGCAAGGUUCAAUAAAUCUAGUAAAUCUAGCAAUCAAAGGUACAGACGCUAGUGCAAUGAAGUUAUAAGAGUAUAUUUAAGUAACUGUAGAACAAUUUCUUCUCAAUUGAGAAGAUGGGUCGAAUCCCAGUAGCGGCUUGUACCUAAGAAUUUAAUUUCUAAGGCCAGCCGUAUAAAGUCGGAAUUCCGUUUCGAAUUUCCGAUUUGGAAUAUCGAUCCGAGAUUCCGUAUAAUAGAGUCCAGAUGUUUUUGCAGAGAAAAUACGUAUGGAAUUUGCGACUGUAUGUUGCGGCCCUACAAAAUCUACGGAAGACUUGCAUUUGGAACGGCUUUUUCCGUGCUUCCAAAUGCUGUAUGUGUGUGAUAUAAGUCCGUGAUUUGUAUGGUUUUGUUGCCUACGAAAUUCCGAAACGGAAAUUCGAAACAGGAUUCCGAUUGUAUGUUGCCUUAGUUAUAAUACAUUACGGAAUACUUAUUAGUAAUAGCACUCAUCGGUAGCCGAUAACGGAAAACAUUAUGAUGAAAACUCAUUUGACAUUUUGACGUUUUCAACACAUAUUGUGACGGAAAACGGCCUAAUCCCUCUUUAGAGGAGACCCGUGUCCGACAGUGGUGCGUAUAAUGGGUUAAUAAUGACUAUAUUGAUUCAAGUAAUUAGUCACCUACUUUAUACAAAAGUUUGUUCGGUCCAAAUCUUCUAAAAACGAUUAAAAAGUGCCACUUUAUUCUAUUAGACUAUAUUUAUUAAUUAAUAUAAAAAAAUAUAUUUUAGAUUUAACUUUAAUUUAUAAAUAUUUAUUUAGAAUUUUCACUGUACGCUUCGCUAUUCUUUCGUAUUUAUUUCUACUCUGUGGUUCGAAAAGAAUGCAUUUAUUUCGGAAAUUGUAGAUUUUGCACAAAAUUAUUUAUUCUUAUUUAUAAAUAAUGGCUAUAAUUGUAAAUAUACUUUCAUUCCAU